AUGGCAUCGAUAUCGCAAGGCGAAUACCCCCCAGAACUAUCUCGAGAAGAGGAACAGUACUUGCUCUCGGAACUCAAAGAUUGGUCAAUAGCUCAUGGGCUUGCGGUACGCCCGGCUCCAUCGUUUGUUCAGCCAUCUCAAGACCCUUCCGGCGUACUCGCAACAACAGCACCGGUUACAGUCUUCCCCAGUUUGUUUCCACGAUCUUGCUUCGAAGAAGGUCUGGCAAUACAGAGAGCAUAUAAUGAACUUUACUCAGCAAUCGCAAGGGACGAGAAGUGGCUGCAGGGCAUUGUCGAAGAAUUGAUUGAAAUCGACGAUUUUGUUGGAAAGCUCUGGCAGACUCACCUGGCAGUAAAGAAGGAAGGCUAUGUCCAAGACCUUUCUCUGGGCCUCUUUCGGUCGGACUACAUGGUCCACAAAGAUCCUGCACAACCCGAUGCCACUCCUGGACUGAAGCAGGUUGAGUUCAACACCAUCGCAUCCUCAUUUGGAGGACUGUCAUCUCAAGUAUCCGCUUUGCAUAGACACCUGCUUACCCUCGAUGCAUACCCGUCUUCAACCUCUUCCGUUAUCAAGGCCGAUGCUCUUCGACAAAGCAAAUCAGCUUCGUCUCUUGCUAAAGGCCUCGCUGUUGCACACAAGGCAUAUGGAUCUUCCCGAACUGGCCGUCCUCUGUGUGUGCUUUUCGUCGUACAGGACCCAGAAAGGAAUGUCUUCGAUCAGAGACACCUAGAGUAUGCUCUUCUGGAAGAGGGUGGGGUUCGCUCUUUCCGCUUGCCUUUCGGAGAGACGCUCUCGCACACAAGUCUAGCCUCGGAUCAAACGCUCAUAUAUACACCACCGAACUCACCUUCUAAAUCGUUUGAAGUGACAACGAUCUACUUCCGAGCGGGAUACUCGCCGGACGACUAUCCAAAGGAAGAAGACUGGACAGCGCGUUUAUUGCUUGAGAAGAGUCGAGCGAUCAAAUGCCCAAGCAUCUUGACACAGCUUGCCGGCUGCAAGAAAGUCCAGCAAGUACUAGCAACACCGCACUCGCCGCACCUGAAGCGCUUCAUCUCCAACGUAGAAGUUGCAUCCCGGUUGUUGACAACGUUUGCUCCCAUCUAUCCACUCGAUGACAGCGAAGCCGGAAAGGAAGCAAAAAAGCUCGCCACUGACGUUUCCUCGGCUACACGAUAUGUUCUGAAGCCUCAACGAGAGGGAGGUGGAAAUAACAUUUACCGAAAAGCCAUCCCUCCAUUUCUCGAGAAGCUUCCACCAACACAUUGGCCAGCAUACAUAUUAAUGGAGAUGAUUGAACCACCACCGCUGAAAAAUGCAAUCCUUCGCAACGGAGAGCUACAGAGAGGAGGAGUCAUCUGCGAGCUUGGGGUGUACGGAGUUUGUCUGUGGAGAGAUGGAUUCGGAGAUGAAUCGAAGGGUGAAAUUCUGGAGAAUUGGGAAGCUGGAUAUCUUCUCCGCACAAAAGGCGACCAGAGCGAAGAAGGAGGGGUGGCAGCCGGGUUUGGAGCUGUUGAUAGCUGUUGUUUGGUGGAGAACUAA